UACGUGAUUAUUCUAGUUUAUGUUUGUAUGUGAUGCACUUACUCUUUGAUUCCAUUUUCAGGUCCAGACCUAGUAAGAGUGAGUGCUUCUCUCUAAUUAUUAGGAAAAAAUUAAAAGAGGGAAAUAAAAGGUUCUUUUAGAAGAGGGGAACAGAAGGUUCAUUUAGUUGUACCAUUUAUCGAUCCAUCUAGUCAUGGAUCGGAAUAAAGAAGUUUUGUUAAGAAACUCUCAAACCCCCAAUUCAAGAAAAAGGGUGCCACUAAAAAAGCUAAUUGGAAUCGCCCUAACCAUGAACCAUCUUCUGAAAAUGCUCAAGCUUCAGAUACUGUCUAUCAUAUACUUUGUCAAUCAAAAAAAUUGGUAAUGUAAUUGGAAAAGGUGGUAACAUAAUUAAUCCCUAAGAAUGGAAACACAGGCAAAAAUCACAGUUGCUGACUCUAUUCCUGGUUCAGAUGAGAGAAUGAUAAUAAUCUCUAGUUCUUCUAAAAAGCUGGCUGGAAGAACCAAUAGUGACUAUGCAAUAAGAAUCAAGUGACAAGGGAAGAAAAUGAGGGCAUGGAGCCACAUUAUGCUGCCCAAAAUGCUCUUUUGAAGGUCCAUGGCAGGAUUGUUGAGGAAGACUUGGGUGGAGCAGCAGAUGAGAAUUGCGAGGAAAUUGUAGUCACUACAUGUCUCAUUGUUGCAAACAAUUUGGUGGGAUGCCUUUUGUGAAGAAAAGGCGAUGUUAUUCUGAGAUUGUGGAGUGAGACUGGGCCUAGCGUUCGUGUUCUUUCUGCCGAUCAUCUCCCUGCUUGCGCAAUGGCCACUGAUGAAUUAGUUCAAAUACCGAACCGUCAGAAGUCCCCAGGAGAUGAAGAUUCCAACCAACUCCUAUGGUUCGCAUUAGGAAUAGGAGGGUAUAAUGUCAUCAAGGUUGCUGGAAAUAGGCCAAGGUUCCAGGAUCCUCAUUCUAAUGGGUCUGGAUUUGUUGAUGAUAUUUGUGGGUCCUCAGGCCAUUUAAAUAUAGAGAAGAAUGCUUUUCAGGGAUUUGGUUCUUCUGCUGGACGGAGCACCGAUUGGUUGUUCGGAGUACCUAGUCGGGAUCAGAAGUACAGAAGUGUAGCAGACAGGAACGAAUUUAAGAUCUUGCAUUAUAUGAAAGUGCUUUAUGGUAUUGGUGAAAAGUGA